CAGCCGGCUUGGUGGGGUAGGGGUAGCUGAAGUCGUUGCUGUUGGAGCUGUAGCUGCUGCUGUCCUCGUCGGGCGAGAUGUUGAACUUGCCCAUCUCGGCGCUGCUCAUGCUGGCGGGGCGGGGGUCGGCGCUCGGCGGCGGCCGCUCUUUUGUCCUUGCCGGCGGGACGCGCCGCGCCUGCGGAGGGGGCGGGAGGCGACGUCAGUGCCGCAGCGGGCGCGAGCCCGUCACGUGGCCCCGCGGCCCCCGCCCGCCGCCGCCGCCGCCGAGUGGAAAAGUACCAGGCGCGCGGGGCGGGGGGCGCGCGGACAAAGGUGAGCCCCGCGCGGGGCGGGGGCGCGCGGCCGACACCGGCACCGCCCGCACUGACACCGGCACCGCCCGCACUGACACCGGCACCGAGACAGCGGCACCGCCACGCCGCACUCCCCCCCCCUCCCCCCUCCGCCUCCCCGCCCCGAUAGCGGAGAGCGGACUGAUGCAACACCGAUGGGCGAUUGUCACAUCGGCUGCCGGAGCCUCCCGCCCCGCGGCUGUCCCUCCCUGUGUUUACCUCCCGCCUCCCCGCCGGCGACACCGCGCGACCCGGCGUUUCCAACGGGAAAACGCUAACCGGUCGCGGGACCGCGUCGCGCCGCAGUCGCUUUGCGGGUUUGCCGCCUUUCCGGGAUGCGGCGGCGGCGCAUCCCUACGCGCGUCUCGGCGGAGCCCGGCAGGGUCUUGGCGACAAGCCGGGGCGCUACCACCGCACAAAGGCGCGAAGGACGAGCCGUGCUCCGUCCCAAAAGUCACCCCGUUCUUCUUGGCGGCCCGGUAAUAGCCAGCCCCUGCCGUACCUUCUACGCACGAGCUUGAAAGCGAGGGUUUCUCCCGAAGCCUCGGAAUAACGAGAUUCUCCUGUCUCCGCUGCUACUUCUUGCAAGGGAAAAAAGAGCCCUUAACUAUGAAAUGUCAGCGAAAACAAACCCCUAGAUAAAUAAAGGUAGAAAAAAAAAUCGCGUAAAAAAGUCAGAGGUAUCAAAAGGAAAGAAAAUUUCGCGUCUGUAUCGCUCCGGCGUCCCUCCCGCUCUGACGGCCCCCUCGGGGCGCCGCCGCUCUUCAGGCAGGAAUGUGGGCGUGUCAUGGCAGGGGCGCGGCGCCCGCCCGCCCGCUGCCGCGCCGCCCCCCGCCCUGCCCGACUGACCCCCUGCCGCCGCCCGGGCCGGGCCUGGGGGGCACAGCGGGCGGGGGGCGUCCCCGACUGAGGGCUGGGUGCCGGUCACCGGCGGGGGUCGGGAGCGCGGCCGCUAGCACAUGAGCCGAGCAGCUCUCCAGUGUUUACAUUGGGGCACUGGUUUACACGGCGGAGACGGGACGCUGCGGUGCUUGUCAGAAGCGCUCUCCCUGAGAGCCGCUUCUACCGGCCCAGUGCAGCAUGCGCAGCGUGACUGCAGCACCCGGUGGCCACCGGUUCACCCGGGAUUCUGCCUCCCUCUUCCACCCCGCGCCUGCCUCCGGCGCGGGACGAGGUGCCACGGACCCGCCAUAGCUCCCCGGUGCAGUCACUCGCUAUUUUUAACACCCGCAGCAGCGCACGUGCAAGCCCGGAGCCCGAGGGCAGCCGACAGACUCCCCGAACGCUUCCUUCGGGAAGUGAACCGGAAUGACAGACUCCCCCCAGUGAUGCGAUUCACGAUAAACCCCAUGUAGGGAAGAGAGGGGGAAACAGAACAUCCUGCUUCCUUUUCCUCAGAACUGUCCUCAUUUUAUAUGGAAAACCAUGAUGAGGAUUUGUUGCUCAUUUACUAGAAGAAAGAUUGGUAAAAUGCACCCAGGAAGAAAAAUUGCUGUAUUUCUAAUGGCCCCAUUAUUGGAACUCUGCAACAUGUGAGUGCAAUCUGCACUGCUCAGAAUAUUGAGUCUGUAAAAUUUUACCCAUGCAGUCUGUUUGCUGGUUCAAAUGAUCUGCUUUUUUCAAGUGGUUUUAAGUAAUGUCUCCCUGAUUGAAUUGUAAUUUUCCUGACUUUGUAAUUGCCAAGAAUGUCCUUGGCAAAACAUACACAGAAUGUGUUUCAUCCAAUUUUGAAAUGUAUUUUGUAAUCGGAAUAAUAAAAGUUAAUAUUCAUCAGUUCCUCCCACCAUAGUUUCAACGAUUCAUUUGUUUUCAUUGUCAUGCUUUUCU